AAGAAGUGCAUAGUGCAUGAAACGUUCGACGUGUCCCCAGUCCCCACCUUAUUCGAGUCAUAGACAACCUCCAGUGACUGACGAUAGUGAGAGAGUGUGGUGUGCUAAUCAAAUGCGAUAAACAAUGGAAAAAUUCGUGUAUGAAGAUUUGCAAAAUAUGUGUAGAUUAUGUUUCUCGAAAACUUCAUUACUUAGUAUUUUUGAUGUUCGUUUAGAAUCAACAGAAAGCAUGGCAGAAGUGAUUGAAGUUACAACAGGAGUCAAGAUAACUCCCAAAGAAGAAAUAUCUCACAUGCUGUGUAACAAAUGCACACACCUCACAAUUAGAAUGUUCAAAUUCAGAACUACUUCCAUACUCAACGACAGCUAUUUGAGAGAAAAAGCAGCAAUACAAAAAAAGGUUCACAAAUCUGUGAAAGGACUGUUUAGGACAUAUCCGAACUUGAUAGUUCCUUCGUUAGUCAUUAACCGCAAUGUUUCACCGUAUGUUACCUUACAGAAUAAUUUCAAAAACAGUCUGAACAAAUCCAAGAGUGCAUUGUUAGAGAUGAAUUCAUCUAGGAAUCUAACAUUUGAGCCUUUGUCUAUAGAGGCAAGAUCUGUCGCAGCAGAUGCCGGUCUUGAAGUGAAUUUCAUGGGAAACUUCCGAAAUCAAGAAUAUCCACCGCCUUCGACUACUGAAAAGAGAAACACGAAUCCUUCUUGGGGAAACAAAAAUCAUGUUGGAAAAAGAACAAAACGGGAAUAUAAGGAUCAGAAAUGUAGUGGAGAAAACGGAGAUCCAUUAUUUACCGUGAAACCUAAAUAUAAAACUCUACACAUAUGCGAUUUGUGUAAUCGUGUCUUUUAUAAUAUUGGAGAACUUAAAAGGCACAUAAGUUUACAUAUGCGAUGUAGUUUGUGCAAGACAUCAUUCAACUCCAUGAAAAAAACCAAAGAACAUCAAGCAGACUGUUCACUAAGGAAAAUGAUGAAUAAUAUGCCAACGGUGAAAAUCAAGCGUUGUGACCAAAUUCAAGAAAUCCGCGAAAAAUAUACUAGUGCUUUCCAGAAGAUGUGCAUCAUAGAAAUUUCCGAAGACGAAGAAGAUUCCACUCAUGACUCGAAUUAUCGAACAAAACCUAUCGCUAAUAUAAUGCAAUCCGUUCAGGAAUCCUGCGAGAAGCUCCAAAGCGUGAAGGAAUAUAACAAAUCCUCGAAAAUGUUUCUUGAAAAUUCAUGUUCUACUGGUGUUGUCGACACGUCAGUAAGAAGUUCUUGCUCGGAAAACAUCAAUAAAGAUAUAAAAGAACUAGAUCAAACCGAGAAUCCCAAAUCUGAUAAUACCGACUCCCAAAAACUUCAAAAAGCUGAUGAAUGCGAAAAUAAUAAAAAUUGUUUCACCAAUGAGCAAGAACCUGAAGAAACAUCAAAGUCCAGCCUUCUUAUUUCGACUCUAAAAAAAAAUAAUCGUUAUAAAGUCUCAGGGGCAACAUUAUUGGAUAAAUCGAAAAAAAUUGAGUAUUCCGUUAUUCCUCCAGAAAGUUCCAAUAAAUCUUCAGAGAAAAUGACUACAGAAAGGCAGAAAAAAAAAGAUCUUGAGAAUAAGACUGUGAACGGCCAAAACAAACUGAAUAUUGGAAAACGCAGGGAAGUACAAACCUACCGUAAAAAGGUUUUUCGUUCUGAACAGACUGUAGAGUUUAAAGGUUCCAAGAUUACGAGGAUAAAAUCCUCGAAUUUCGAGAAAUCGACAAAAAUGCCAACAUUAGAAGAAAUGACGGAAAUUUUACCAGUUGAUAGAGAAAAUACACAAAGGUUCGUGAAUUCGAGUGAAAUUCAUGAGGGUGAGAGGGAAAACGUUGAGCGCAAAAGAAAAAAUAUUGAAAAUUCAGAAGGUGUGAAAAAAAAGAAAUUGAAUAAUGUUACUAUCAUUCUAGAACCUUCGGAUUCUAAUUCAGAACUGAAUAGUAUAACGAAAAAAAACCAGAGCCAAGCUUCCAAAAAGGAACCUUCCAGACCAAGGAUAAAAAUUUGUGAUGAAAAUGCUCUUGUAGUGGAUUUCGAGGAAGAAGAGAAUACCUGUCUGAAGAAUCUGAUAAUACGAUUGAGAAAAGGUGAAAAUAAGGUCGAGAGAACGAUACAAACAGAUAUACCUUCCAAUGAUGAUGUUGUGGAGACAAAAGGAAUCACGAAUUUAAGAAAUUAUUUGAGUUCCUCUAAUAUUUCAGUAAAUACUUCUCAUAGCAAAGUAGCUAUCAAACACACUUCCGAAGACUUAAUGAUAAAGGUGAUCAAAUCAAAUGUCAAUAAAACGCAGAAUACUGUGAAUGAUAAUAUGCAAAACAAGGUAACGAAAUUUAAUAUCGGUUGUGAGAAAAUUCAGAACACUCUAGCUUCAGCAGAAUUCUUACAAAGUAAUAAGAAGAAAGAAAUCGAUGAACCCCAAAAAUGUUCAGCUGGAAGUGGUGAACAUAAUCAAUCAAUAGAAUGUAAUAGUGAAAAGAAGCAGAACAUUGCUCUACUGAAUUCAAGCGUAUGUGGCAAAGAGAAGCAGAUCGCUGUGGAUCCUUUAAAGACUCCCCUUUCUUGUAGUGCAAAUUCGAUCACUGUCAUACCCGGCAAUACGACUUCACAAAUUUCACGAUGCGCAAUCAGCAAUAUGCCAGUACGUGCGGUCAAUAUACAGCCGCCGUUGGGAACUUAUUAUAUAGUUAAUAAGUCGAACAUGCCGAUGUUAACACCGAAUCAAUUACCGUCGAAUGCUAACAAGUCGCUCACUUCUUCUGCAAAAAUGCCACCUACGAAUACUUCUAUAAAUGAAUCAUUGUCCUAUUCAAUUUAUAAACCAGCUAGAAAGCCUGCAAUUUCCUCAACAGGACUACCACUUAUCAGACAACUUGGACCCAAUAUUGUUCAGGCACAAACUGUGAAUUCGCAUAUCGAACCCACACCAAGAUCACAUUUGCCAACUACAUCUUCACUAUCAUGGAUAGAUUGUUUCCGACAAUCGUUGGCCUCUAAACAAGUGUCUACUGUGCAACAAACACCAAUAACAUCAACAAAAAUACGUAUUGUUUCUAAUAAUUGUAUCAAAAGUGCUUCUAACAUAACAACCACUGACGACAGUAAUAGCUGUACUGUAGAACUCAACAAAAAUAAUAUUAGAUUUUCGGCCGCCAAUGAACAGAACAAUCAGACUGUGACUACAGCACCUGAAAAUCCUAAAUAUAUUCGGGUGAGGAAUUUGGCGGAACUCAAAGAGUGAUGGGAAAAGGAACUGCAUAGCAAUUGCUGAAAACUGUAGAAUUACUAUUUAUUUUAUGAAUACCUCUCUAUAUUUGUUAGAAUUAUUAUUUUUUGUUCGGAAAUAUAUUUUUCAUAUAAAGAUU